AUGUCAGAUGGUUUGCCUUCUCCACUCUCCGUCCUCUCGAUGAAUUUAAUGGCCGGUGGUGGGCUGGGUCAAAAGUGGUUGGCAAGAAGGGCUGCACCAGCGUCGCACGUUGAGAUUUUUUCGGCCGCCAAGAUCUGCCGGCGGCGUUCAGGUGUUCAGGCGGCGUUCACGCGAGUUCACUGCAAAGCAGCAAAGCAAAAGAAGAGCCACGGAGCAUCUCACAGACACAGAGAAAGCAAACCCAAGAAGUUUCGGCCGCCUGAACGCGGCCACCUCUGGCCACAGCCCACAGGCAAGCAGCAGCGGAAGGCUGCCGCGGCCGAAGACGACUUCGAGGCGGCGUUCCGGAUGUUCGACGAGGACUCCGAGGAGGACGUGAUGGUGGUACAGGAUCAGGUGGAGCCGACGCAGUACAGGGGCGUGCGGCGCUGGCCAUGGGGCAAGUGGGCCGUCGAGAUCCGUGACCCCGUCAAGGGCGUCCGCGUCUGGCUCGGCACCUUCCACUCCAGCACUCCGCCGAGGCCGCCGCGCUCGCCUACGACGACGCCGCACGCGCUAUCCGCUGCGCCGGGGCCAGGCUCAACUUCCACUCCGCGCGCGACCGCCUGA